AUGGCACACCAAUCCGAUACCACCUCCUUCACUACCGUGUCCGAUUCUCACAGCACGGAGUCUGGCAACCCCAACCGGGAGGAAGUUAGUGUCAACGCUGCAACGUCGCCCCGUGCAAGAAGACCAAAAGAACCGGUCUCCAGAAUCACCUCAGCUAUCGCUCUGGACAACCUUUCCAAGGAAGGAUCGAGGUAUGUGCACAAUGCCAUUGCCUCUAUGGUCACUAAGAUUCUGUCCGGUGAUCGGAAUGUUCCUGGGGUUUCCGUUCCCUUGAACACUAUCGUUCCCGAUGAUGUUGCAUGUCGUGAAACCGCAGUAGUGUUAAGGGAGAAUGUGUCUGGAUUACCUGAAGAGGGUCCUAAGAAUGAUAAACAUGUAAGCAUGGUGAGAGGUGAGAAAGUAAGUGUCCCUCAAGAUGUUGAGGCCAACCCUAGAGCUGACACAGUCAACCUGGACGAGUUCUCUGAUAACGAACUGUUGGCCUCGGUUAUCCCUAGCAUAGCCAAGAGGGUCAGAACUAGGAGAGGGAAAAAGACAGUGAUGCAAAGGUCUCCAUCCAAGGAAGUUGAUGAGACAACUCCUCACAAGCAAACAGGGACAGAGAGUGCAUGCAAAAGGAAAGGUCAUGGACCUGCCAAAUCUUGGAGCAAAGAGAUGUCAUCCAGGUCAAGUGCUGCAAAAAAGAGAAAGGUCGAGAGCACUUCCCGCACUGUGCCAAUUCAAUUUGACACAGAUAAAUUCGUUGGGGCGAAGCAAGCCGCACGUUAUGUGGCGUUGGAGAAAAGGAAAAUAUUACUUGAGAAGAGGUUUUUGAUCAACGCACAAGGCGAUUAUCGGACAUUUGCAGGGUUGAUAAAUAGCAAGAAAUGGGACAAGUUGAUCUCUCCACCUGAAAGCUAUGAUAUUGAUAUAGUGUGCGAGUUCUAUGCGAACGCGCUGCCAAAUGACGACGAGCCUUUCACUUGGACUACAAGAGUGUCAGGACGUCAGGUCGCUUUUGAUAGGGAUGCUAUUAACCGAGUGCUUGGUGAACCGCUCCAUCUGGGAGUUAAUGAGAGGGAUGCAUACCACAGAGAUCUAAGGCUCCACAGGAACACUGAUACUAUUUUUGCGGCCCUGUUGUUUGAGGGAAAGUCGGUUGAGGUGAACCCAUCUGGGGUUCCUAUGAGGUACCAUCGGGAGGAUAUGAUUCCCUUGGCUCAACUGAUCUUGAUGUUGGUUUUGACUAACAUUAAGCCCAAGUCACACACGUCGACCGUGCCGAUCCCAGUGGCACACUUGGUCCACUGUAUUCUAACUAAUGUACAGAUCGAUGUGGCGCGAAUCAUUGCGAUUGAGAUGAAGUCCGUGGUUGAGAGUGGGCUGAAGUCGGGGGCGGGAGUUAACUGCUCCCCUGCUUUUCCUUGUCUCAUCAUGGCUUUAUGCCUACAACCGAGGGUGAAGCUACCCUCGCGCAGUCAGGUAAGGAUUCCAUCCGCAAUCGACGAUCGAUAUGUUGACAAGUACUAUAAGCCGAAGAACUUCCGAGGUAGUACAACUGCUGAUGAUACCGGGGCUGCUGAUGGUCCUGGUGCUUUUUCUCAAGGGUUUGAUCCUUUCCAGCAAGCUGUUUGCAAUUACAAUUGGGAUUGGAUGGCGGCGACUCAGCGCGCCAUGAUUGAUAUACAUGACUCUAUGCACGUAUUACAGUUGCAGGUACGUGACCCUUUUGGAGAGCAUCCUAUGAUGACGCGUGAGUAG